AAAUAUAGGAUAAUUUGAUGUAAUUGUUAAAUAGUAGAGAUGGAUCUAAUUAUUUGAAACAUGAGGGGUACUUAUAUUUAUUUAUUUAUUUAUUUUUAUUUCGAAGAAGUUUCUAUAAUUUGUACAGUAAGGUGAGUUUCUACUUCUGAUUAGUCAUAAUAAAUCUAUCAGACAUUACAGUUACAGAUUCAAAGGCCCAAACUUGGCGGGCCUAGAUGGGCCGGGCGGCCCACAGUCAUUUGCUACCCUAAUUGGUGGCAUUAGCUAAUGGUAUUAGAAGAAUAACAGGACUCCUGCUACUAGCUACAGAGACGCUGUAACUGAGGCGAUUCACAGAAGUAAUUAUAUGUUCACUUCUGUAACUCUCAACUUCAUUCAGGAGUUACUGCGUGAUGUGACGGAGCCUUCCCUCGGUAAUUCAUCCUCCGCUCGUUCCAGAUCGAUUUAGGAAUGGCCAUGAGCUCCUGCAAACUGCAGUUCUAUGCGGAUGAGAAGAGGCUUUAACGGGUUGUUCAACUGCUCAUCAAGAUAAUAUUUUAGGGUACAAUCGGUUGUCAACUUUUGCAAGCUUUGACAGGAACAACUUCUUUGGAUUCAAGAACCGAUCCAAAGUAAUUGAAACGCUACUUUGUGGAGUUCUUCUGCAAAGGAUAAAGACUACCUUUGUUAGAAAAUCUCGGUUUGCUUGGGUUUGGGUCCAAAACUUUCAGCUCAAAUGCCUCCUUCAAACUUCCCCCUCCGUUGGGAAAGCACUGGUGACCAAUGGUGGUAUGCUUCCCCAGUCGACUGGGCGGCUGCCAAUGGUCACUUUGACUUGGUCCGGGAGCUCCUCCGCCUAGACGGCAAUAACCUCAUCAAACUCACCUCUCUCCGCCGUAUCCGCCGCCUGGAGACCGUCUGGGAUGAUGAAGAACAGUUUGAUGAUGUUGCCAAGUGCCGCUCUCAGGUUGCCAGAAAACUCUUUUCUCAGUGUGAAACCAAGAAAGCCAACCAAAAUUCCCUUAUCCGAUCUGGGUAUGGUGGCUGGCUUCUCUACACUGCUGCCUCCGCUGGAGACUUGGGUUUUGUUAAAGAACUCCUUGAGAAAGACCCUCUGCUUGUUUUUGGGGAAGGAGAGUAUGGUGUCACUGAUAUACUUUAUGCUGCUGCAAGGAGUGAGAAUUCCGAGCUUUUCAAGGUUGUUUAUGAUUUUGCAGCCUCGCCCAGAUUUUUGGUGGGUGAUGGCAGAGAGAUGGAGCACGUUGUGGAGAUUCCCUCUGCUUAUAAGAGGGAGAUGAUGAACAGGGCUAUUCAUUCUGCUGCGAGAGGAGGCAAUUUGAAGAUCCUGAAAGAAUUUCUUGGCGAUUGCUCUGAUGUUUUGGCUUUUAGGGAUGUGCAGGGCUCAACCAUCUUGCAUGCAGCUGCUGGAAGAGGCCAGGCUGAGGUAGUGAAAUAUCUGAUAUCAUCCUUCAAUAUCAUCGACUCCACAGACAAUAAUGGCAACACAGCAUUGCAUGUGGCUGCUCACAGAGGCCAGUUAGCCGUGGUUGAAGCUCUAAUUUUGGCAUCUCCUUCAUCCAUCUAUCUAAAAAACAAUGCUGGAGAGACUUUCUUACAUAUGGUCAUGUCUGGUUUCCAAACUCCCAGUUUCCAUAGAUUGGAUCGUCAGAUCGAGCUCGUGAAGCAACUGGUUUGUGGAAAGUUGUUCGAUGUGGAAGGCAUCAUAAAUGCCAAGAAUACCGAUGGUAGAACUGCCCUUCAUGUGGCCAUUGCUGGAAAUGUUCAUUCUGAUUUAGUGGAGCUCCUGAUGAGUGCCCGUUCAAUCAACGUGAACAUCCGCGACUCAAAUGGCAUGACCCCACUUGAUCUCCUCAAGCAACGACCACAUUCUGCCUCAUCGGAUAUACUAACAAGGCAGUUAAUUUCAGCAGGGGGAAUCUUCAGUUGUCAAGACUAUACGGCUAGAAGAACCAUAGCCUCUCACCUAAGGAUGCGAAGUAUCGGCAGUCCUGGAACUUCUUUCAGAAUCUCUGAUGCAGAAAUCUUCCUGCACACAGGCAUUGACAAUGUUUCGGAUGCCAGUGGCAGUGCAGGACCGAGUUCAUCAACCGAACUGAGCCAACAACACGACUCUACUGUGGAGAAUCGCAAUGCACCGGAUUCAGGGGAUCAUAAGAAGCCAACUCCUGUAAACCAUGCAGCACAAGGAUUGAAACGCCUGUUCCAUUGGCCUAGAAGGAUGAAAGAAAGAAAGAACGCGAGGCUCAAGAAAAUGGCAGAGAGAAAACCAGCGAGUACUUUGGAUGAGACUCCAAUCCCACUUCGACAAAGGUUUUCAAGGCCACCGCCAUCGCUUCCCAACAACAAGAGGACCCUUUCUGUGAGAAGUAACCUCCCAAGUCCAACAGCCAAGAAGAGGCUCGCUUCAGGAUUGGUGCAGGGCGUGAUGCAGGCCGUGCCACAGGUUGGCUGUCAACGUCGAUCACGCUCAAGCUCCUUCUCCAAAUCGUCCCUGUCAUCGCCGACUUCCUUGGACAAGCAAAUGGGGUUGUAUGGGGAGAGUGAUGUUGCAGGAGCAGGGCCGUCUUGUUCUUGCUCGAAUCAGGUAAGCAAUGAUAGAACACCACCACCACCACCACCACCCAAUCUCCAUCGCAGGCAAGGGUCUCUGAGUAAGAGUUUCUUAUGCUUUGGGGCACCAAGUGUGUCUGGGAAAGAGCAAGCUCACAACUGGCAAGAUCUUCCCCCAAUGGCUUGACAGCCAGCCAAGGCCGCCUUGCUGCUGCUGCUGCUGCUAAUUGAGCAACAUAACAGAAGACACAAGAAAGACACUACUGAUAUAACCACCUCUUGAGUUCUCUCUCCUUUAGUUUACCUACUUGUAAGCUAAUUGCUGAAUGACUUUCUAUCUGGACCCAGUGUUUCUUUUUAUAAUUCCGAGUCAUUUGCCCAUCCAUGGAGAGAGGCUACUGUUUUGCUGGAGUUUAUUGUUGUUUAUUCGGGCCUUGGGACUCUGCUCGGUUAGUCUGAAAUGUAUAAAUCUCUGGCGUCCCAGACAUUUAUGCAUUCCAUCCUUUACCUAUGCCCUAUGUGCAUUCCUAUUUUAUACUUUUGAAUUUGAAUUAUUUAUGAUCUAA